AUGGCUACGCAAAGAUUUUGUUUGAGGUGGAACAACCACCAAUCAAAUAUGUUAUCUGUGUUUGAUCAACUAUUACACGCAGAGACAUUCACAGAUGUUACGUUAGCGGUCGAUGGACAACUGCUGAAGGCACACAAAAUGGUGUUGUCGGCUUGCAGUCCUUAUUUUCAAGCUCUCUUUGUUAAUCAUCAAGAGAAACACCCCAUCGUCAUUUUAAAGGACGUUCCAUAUGCGGACAUGAAAAGCUUACUAGACUUCAUGUAUAGAGGGGAAGUCAGUGUAGACCAGGAACGCUUGACGGCAUUUUUAAAAGUUGCCGAAAGCUUAAGAAUAAAAGGUCUGACUGAAGUAAAUGAGGAGAAGUGUGAUAUUCCAGCGCUGACAAACUCCUUAAUACAGCAACAGGGAAAUGCGCACACGCCUCCGCCCCAGUUGCAUAGAAUACAUCCAUACAUGCAUCAAAAACGUCCGGCAUCAGGGAUGCCCACCGGAGGGGCACCUCCUAACUUAUUAAUGCCUUUGCUCGGCAACGCAUUAAUGCAACCCAAAAGAAAACGAGGUCGACCGAGAAAACUCAGUGGCAGUUCAAGUGAUGCACUUAAUACGGCGGCCAGUCCCCCAGGAGAGUUCAUUCCUGAAGCAGCUUCUCAUGCAUCUUCAAAUAGACCCGGCGAUCAGUUAAUACGAGGUUCACCAGAAAUGUUGGAAGUUAAGAUGUCAAUGGACGGUUUCAACGCAGAUGACGGCGCUACGUCAGGUGGCGAAGAGGCGGGUGAGGCGCUUCUCAUCGAUGAAGGUGAUGACGCCCAGUCAACUGAAGCUCCUAUCACUGGCAAAGACUCCGAGUCCGCAGAUCCUGAAAAAACACCAAAAGAGGAAUUGCAACAAAACUAUUCAACUAACGGGCCUGUACUAUCUAUAGAAAAUGGAUCCAUUAAACAAGAACCCGCCGCUGACGUUAACGACGCUUAUAAUGAACCAAUUGAAUAUAAAUACAACCCUGAUAGAAGCCGCGAAAAUUCUAACUCAAGGGACGGUUCUAUUAAAGAUACAGACGACAAAAACCGACUAUCAGGUCGUAACUUAAAACCAAAGAAUAGUAAAAAAAUGCUACCCCAAAUGUCAAAAAUUAGAGCUCGAAACUUGUUCAACCAACUUUCCAGCUUAUCUAAUUUAAAUCCUGCGCUGAAUACGUUCGACAAAUUCCCUCCAGACCCUGUUCUUAUGCCGGCACUCGCUACGCAGUUGUUUGCCGCUGAACUAGAACAAAAUAACCUGAACUUGGCUAAUAAUGAAGUAACAGAUUUAGCCCAGACCAAUUGGGAACACCGUAUAUUUCCCUCUCCUAUAAGGAAGGCCAAUAUGGGCAGUGUCGGCAAUUAUCACGAGGAGACAAAUGAGUCGGUCAGGGAUUACUGUAUCAAAGAAGGGGAAAACGUAUUCAGAUGUAAAAUAUGCGCGAGAGUCUACACCCACAUAAGUAAUUUCUGCAGGCACUAUGUUACUUCUCACAAGAAAGACGUAAAAGUAUUUCCGUGUCCUAUUUGUUUCAAGGAAUUUACUCGAAAAGAUAAUAUGAUCGCUCAUCUUAAGAUCAUACACAAAAAUCAAUCGAAUGCUAAUGAGCAAAUGGCUAAGCAAGAAUCUUAA